AUGAAUGUAUUUGACAACUCACUGUUCCUGUCUGCACAGGAUCCCAGUGGAAACUGGAGCUGGGAGAGCUCUUCCUGCUUGGUGGAGGCUUCCCAGGAACGUGAGGGAUUUACCAAUCGCCACCUUUCACUCCCUGUCCCUUGCUGUGUCCCACUGAAGGCCAUGUUCAGUGGUAAACUGCAGACGGGUUUGCUGGUGACCUGCUACUUUGUCUACCUGCUGGUGGGUGCAGCUGUGUUCCAGGCACUGGAGAGGACUGCUGAGAAGCAGGAGAAAAUAGCAGCUGCCCAGAUGAAGGAGACUUUUCUGCAGAGCUUUACCCACCUCACAGUGGCAGAGAUGGAGCAGUUUAUGAAGAACCUGACUGAAGCCAUUCAGAAUGGAGUAUACCCUGUUGGAAAUCAAUCACAGAUUGAAGACAGCAACUGGGAUUUCAGUAACUCCUUCUUCUUUGCAGGCACAGUCAUCUCCACAAUAGGUUAUGGCACACUACGUCCUAAAACUGCUGGGGGCCAGAUCUUCUGUGUCUUUUUUGCUCUGUUUGGAAUCCCUCUGAAUAUCGUUUUUCUGCACCGUGUUGGUAAGAUGCUCUCACUGCUGUGUAAAAAGCUGGGGAAAUUCCUGUACGAGAAAGGAAUGAGAAAGAAGAAGAUAAAAUUUCUGACCCUUUUGUUCUUCCUGGCAACGGGGAUCCUAGUUUUUCUGUGCUUGCCAUCCCUCUUCUUCCAGAUAACAGAGGGCUGGUCCUACAGCGAAGGAAUUUACUUUGCAUUUAUCACCCUCAGCACGAUUGGCUUUGGAGAUUAUGUAGUAGGUAAAAAGCCUGACAGGAAUUACUUUUCCUACUACCGAACACUGGUGGCCAUUUGGAUUCUUUUUGGCCUUGCCUGGAUUGCUCUCCUAUUUAAUUUAUUGACAACGGUACUGGAAGAUACUGAAAAAAUAAUUGUCAAGGAUCUUCAUCAAAUUGGAAAGGUGAGUAAGGACAAUGAAGCAAGCCAACAAAGAAGAUGCUGGCCUGCCCAAUUUAUUCCAGAAGAAGAACUACUACCACCACCUGCUGGAGGGGAUACACAGGAAAUGGAGUCAUUAGCAGCAGAUUCUGAACACACAAAAGAUGAAGAUGUUUUUUCACAUAGCAAAACUAUUGCCAUGACAUAUGAUAAUUGAAUUCUUCAUUGGAGAGUUGCUAGUGAAUUAUUCUAAAGAAAUUCCCGUGGAAAUAAAAUUUAUCCUACCUUUUGCUGAGAUACGUCCUUCCAGAACUCAAGGCUUACAGUUACACAAAGCCUGAAUAUUAAUGGUAUAUUAAUUUGCUCCUCAAAUUGCAGCUGGGUUGUGCUAACAACCUGAGAAGUGCACUAGUUUUGCAAGGCGUUUUUUAAGGUGCUUCCACAAAAAUGCAGAGGAGGACAUGGUAGAGCUUGCUGGUUCUAUUUGGAUUUUGCUGCUUGCAAUAAAUCAUAUCUCUUCCAGGAACUGGAUAAGUUAUUACAAUCUGAAAGACAUGUUUAAAGAACAAGACCUGGGCUCAGUUCAGAGAUACUAGAAGCAUCUAAUGAACAGGGUUAGAAAAAAUUUAGUGUGUUAGAAAGUAUUAAUUCUACCUCUUCCUGUUUUAUACUAAGAUGAAUAAAGGCAAUUUCACCUUUUA